AUGCCGACACGCAGCACCGAAGCUGAUUCCAGUGAGCCCCACACGCUUAACGAAGCGAAUAGUGUAGAGAAAACAGGAUACAUAUUCUCUACAAAGAAGAAGUGGCAGAUCUUGACUGUUGUGGGCCUGUGCCAGACCAGUAUGAACUUCAACGCAGCCGUCUACUCCAAUGCUAUUGACGGCCUCAACGCUCACUACAACCUCGGGACCAACCACUUCACCAACGCCAGGGCCGGAAUGGCUUGGUUCUUGAUCUUGUACGGGCUUGGAUGUGAGCUUUGGGCACCUUGGUCUGAGGAGUUUGGCCGCUGGCCGAUCAUGCAGCUGUCGUUGUUCACCGUCAACUUGUGGCAAAUACUUGCCGGUGCCAGUACCUCCUGGUACCAGGUACUGGCUGCACGUCUCCUUGGAGGUCUCUGCUCGGCAGGCGGCUCUGUGACUCUCGGCAUGGUUGCAGACAUGUUUGACCCUGAAGAUCAGCAAUUGCCAAUUCUCUGGGUCGGUCUGUGGAGCUGUCUGGGUUCAGUCAUCGGUGGCAUUUGCGGUGGCCCGAUUGAGCAGUACCUUAACUGGCGCUGGAACUUCUGGAUUCAGCUUAUGCUUGGAGCCACUGUCCAGAUCAUCCAUGCCUGCUACGUCCCGGAAACUAGAGCCACGAUUAUGCUCAACAGAGAAGCGAAGAGAAGACGCAAGCAAAAUCCAGACGACAAUGUUGUUGGGCCCACUGAACACGAAAAGCUCAAUUGGAACAAGGUAGGAAGCGUCAUGGGCCGUCCGUACAAGAUGCUCAUCUGCGAACCAAUUGUUGGCUUCUUGUCGCUGCUCAGUGGGUUCAGCGACGCGCUCAUCUUCAGCUUCCUAGAAUCGUACGGCUUUGUCUUUGGCACGUCUGGGUGGGGAUUCACACCCAGCCAGCUCGGUCUUGCACUGUUUGCUCUCUUCAUCGGCUACUGGCUGGCGGCAGCCAUAUACUUCCCCGUCAUUCGCCGCCACAACCAAAUGCGCAAGAGGGGCACGGUACUCAGUCCUGAGAGUCGUCUAUCAGCUCUCCGCUGGAUUGUGCUGCUACUGCCAAUUGGUCUACUCGGAUCAGCCUUCGUUGUGACUGGCCCGCCUCUUCCCUGGAUCGCACCGCUCAUCUUCGCAGUACUCAUAGGAUGCGCCAAUCUCGCCAUCUACUUUGCUACGAUCGAUUACAUGGUAGCCGCUUACGGAGGUGAGUAUUCUGCUUCGGCUACCGGUGGCAACGGCUUUGCUAGAGACGUCCUUGCUGGUAUCUGCUCCUUCUAUACCGGCCCAAUGUACAAGAACCUUGGUGUCGUGAAUUCGACUUGGGUGCUCUUUGCAAUCUCAGUCUGCACUUGUAUUCCGGUAUUCUGGAUUUACAGAUCAGGACCAAAGAUCAGGGGUCGAAGCAAGUAUGCCGAACGGAUCCAGAAGGAGCGCGAAAACAACGCUGCCGCUAAACAGGCCAUGCAAGCCAGACGGGAAGUUCUGCAAAAUGGAACCCAGGAAAAGGUGUGA